UCGUGAUCGAACAAUUUAUCAGCCGACAACAAGCCACCAACCUCAACGAAGAGCUUGAUCCUCACCUCAAAGCCUUGACCCCUUCUGGCCAACUUGUCGACAUGCAGGAGGAGAUCAAAGCGUUCUUGGGCGUUCAUACCAAACGCCUGACUGGGUUGCUUCAGCUGAGCAAAACCUGGCGUGAGGAAGUUGCCAAUGCCGACUUGAUGCACGACAUUACAGAGGCCGUCAUUGGCAAGCGGCUGGGAGACUACUGGAUGAGCACCGCAACUAUGAUGGAGAUUGGACCAGGGAACCCUCUGCAACAACUGCACCGCGACUUCGGAAACUGGUGGCCUGCGCAGGCCCUCGGGACCGACGCCCCGGAGUUGAUGCUCAACUUCCUCCUCGCCACCACCGAGACAAACGUCAAGAACGGGGCCACGAGAGCCAUUGCGGGUAGUCACAAGUGGAAGUACGACUUUGACGACGAGAACCUUGGUGCAGAGGAGAUGACGGCCCCGGUAGAGCUCCAACCAGGAGACUGCUUUAUCAUUGGAGGAAAGAUCGUGCACGGGGGUGGCUGCAACUCGACCGAGGACUUUCUCCGACGCGUCAUUUCCUGCGUCAUGGUCACAAGUGCCUUUACGCAGGAGGAAGCCUUUGCGCACACUGUGCCGUUGGACUUGGUAAAGACCUUGGCACCCAGACUUCAACAGGCACUUGGUUUCAGAAGCGUCUGGCCCAAGCACUCUCCUGGGUUGUGGACCAGCGGUUCGGACGAAAUUGGCAAGCACUUGGGCCUUGUGCAAUGAGAGGGGGCCCUUCUAGGGAGAUACAUUUCAGACAGCG